AUGAGGUUGGUUGAGCUACAGAACCCGCCUUCGUCCACCACGAAAACUUCGGUCGGCGUGCUCGGCGUUUCGACGAAUUCAAGUUGCACCGAUCCAUUGAACCUGACACCCACGAUCGUGGUCGACGGGUCUACGGUGGCGGAGGCCGAAACAACGGCCUGCGAGUACGACACCUUUUGCACCUUCUACCAGAGCCUGAUUACGCACGUCGGCGCGAAUGAAGACAGGGACUACUACGCGGCAUGGCUGGAGCAUCGGCUGAAGCUGGCGAAAGGGUCGGCGCGGAGCCGGAGACGUUCCAUUGACUUGUUCAUGGGUGGUCUGCCGCUGAGAGAAGUGGCGUUCAUCGUGGAACGACUCCGCGAGUCGGUCGACACUCGACUGAGUGACCAUCACAUUGUCGCCUACACGGACGACAUCGUGAAGGCCAUCGAGAGCAAUACGUCGAUUGUGGAGGUUUCGGCGUUCAGUCAGAUAAGCCCGUGUCGGUGCAGGCUGUUCAACUGCUUGUCCGCGCGGUCUACGGCCAUCACAUCGCUGGACCUGACGGGCGGUAUCUGUGUCGAAUCCACUCAAAUCAUCGCCGACUCUUGCGCGCAGAGCCUGAAGAGGCUGUCACUUUCGACAGGAUGUUCUGAUCAGGAAGUGGACGGAUUCACCGUAGACCUGGUGUGCGAGGCGGUGGCCGACGCCGGCAUGCUCGAGGUUCUCCAGGUUGGCAACGUGGUGGGAGACUACGAAGAGUGGGCCGACGGUCUUAUCCGUGCGCUCGACGCGUGCCCCAUCACAUCCUUGCGCAUCGACGACACCAUCUUCGAGAUACCGUGCGUGCCGGGAAUGGUGCGCGUCUUGCCCAAGUUGCAAGCGACCGACGUCAAGCUCACGCAGUGCGACUUUGAUGGCUGGGGAAAACCCGUGUUCGAUGCACUGUUCUCGAACGAGAACAUCCGGUGGCUCGACGUCUCCUCCACCAAGAUUGGCGACGGGAGCGUCGGCGCGUUGGUGGCCAUGGUGACUCGAGGAACACUGACUCGGCUGGCUGUUGGCAACUGCGACAUCGGCAGGGAGAGCAUCCGUCGUGUGUUGGAGGCGACGACGCACGCUGGCAGCAACCUGGAGUUCGUCAGCAUCUUCGACAACGACAUCGAUCUUCCAUCCAUCUUCGAGGGAUUGGGCAAAACUUCGCUGACGGGAAUGCACGUCGGCGAGCUGCGCAACUGCGACCAAGCGGUCGCCAAGUUCGUGGCCGACACGCGGUGUCACAUUGACACCAGCAACUCCGACGUUUGCUACGGCGGAGGGGGUGGCGUCUUCCCCUGGCGCACGAAGAGUCACGAGUGGUUUAUGUUUUCUUGA